UCACUAUUGUGUUCUAUAUUAAAAACCUUACAAACCCUUUAGAUUUCAAAACUGAAAUGACAAUAUAGCGCAAAAUAAAAAACAAAAUGGCGUCCUCAAACGGCAAAGACUCCAAAAUGACGGCGUCGAUAGACAGCCUAAAACUGUCAAGUAAAAACACAUCGGUGUGUUCGUCGAAGCAUGCCUCGUCAGAGUCCGUGCUGUCCAGGAGAGACAAGGACAGCAUACAGAUGCAAGAAUGUAAGAAGAAGUUGUUGAACGAGCAGAUUAUCAUAAGGGAUGAGAAUGUGGUGCUGCGGUCGCCCGCGCAGAAGAAGAUUGUCAUGCCGCCUACUGUCAACCCAGAGGAGCUGGCAGCGGCAACGCCGACCCAACGCAACUGGCGCGGGAUCCUCAUAGCGCUGCUAGUGAUCGCAGCGGUGCUGGGCCUGAUCGUGUUCAGUAUCGCGCUGCUAACGCCAGCCGGUGACGGUGGGAGGGUGCGCGGGCGCAGACCUGCGCUGCAAGAGCUGCUGCAGGAACAUUACAAGCCGUUUAACGGGACUUGGCUGUCGGAUGAAGAGUUGGUGUUCCGCGACCGCUGGGGCGGGCUGACGCUGUUCAACGUACGCAACUUCACCACGAGGCUGCUUAUGAACAACUCCACUUUUAGAGAACUAAACGCCGUGGAUUUCAAAGUGUCGGCGGACCUCAAGUUUGUGUUGCUGGUGUCGGACGUGAGGCCGGGCUGGCGGCACGCCAGGCUCGCCAGAUACUACGUCUAUGACGUCAUCAACAGAAACAAGAUCCCUAUAUCGCCCGUCGAAGAUGACCGAACAGCGCCGCUCCUGCAGUACGCGGAAUGGUCCCCUACUGGGUCUAGCCUGGUCUUCGUGCAUGACAAUGACAUCUACUACAAGCCUAGAGUGCUCAAAACACUGGUGUGCCGGAUCACCAAUAACGGUGUUCCUGGUGUGAUCUUCAAUGGCGUCCCGGAUUUCCUGUACGAGACGCAAGUCCUGCGGCUGGAGCGCGCGCUCUGGUUCAGUCCUGAUGCGCAGACGCUGCUCUACGUCAGCUACAACUGCUCGCUCGUCCACCAGCACCAGUAUCCUUGGUACGGGCUGGAGGAACCGGAGCCUCCGGCCUACCCGGCUAUUAGGACGCUGAGGUACCCCAAGGUGAACACGAAUAAUCCAGUGGCGACGGUGUACGUGGUCAGCUUAAAGACGCCCAAGUUCCUGUUCCCGCACGCGAUACAGUUCACUCCGCAAAUUGACAAAGACUGGUACGUCCGCUGGACGGCAUGGUCGUCGGAGCGGCAGCUGGCGGUGCUGUUGCUGAACCGCGCGCAGAACGUCUCCGUCAUCAGCGUCUGCAGCGCCACCAACUACAACUGCCAGGACAUAAUCCGCGACGAGGCCGACGGCUCCCGCUGGUCCGGUCUCGGCGCUGAGCCGGAGCCCGAGUGCGGCUGGUGCGGCGGCGCGGCGCUGCUCGGCGGGCGCACGGCGCUUUUCACCAGCGCGCCCGUCGCCGACCGCGGCGGGGUGUGGCGGCACGCUGUGCGGGUCGGCCCGGACGGGAAGACUAGCGUCACGCAGGGACCGUUUGAGGUCACGCAGUUGAUGGGAUGGGACGAAGGCAGGAAGCUACUUUACGUAAUGGGCACUGCACCAGAGAAAGCAGGCGAGCGGCACUUGUACCGCGUGCGAAUAGCCGAUGACGGCACUUGGCCGGCGCCGCACUGCCUCACGUGUCCGGACUCAUCCCCUCUACCGCCUGACGAGCCGCCGCCACCUACCAGCGAGGAACCGCCGUUGCAGGAGCCGGAGAAUUCGACGUCGCCGCUGCCGGCAUGGCCGACGUCGACGGUGCUGCCCCACGUGGCCGAGGAGAACGACUCGCUGCCCGUCGAGUGUCUUUACAACCGAGUCAUCUUUAGCAAAAACUUCUCUUACUAUGUCCAGGAGUGCCUGGGUCCUGGACCGCCCACCAUCUUCCUCUGCGCAUCAAACGGUGAGCGUCGCGCGGUGUUGUGGGACGGGUCCCCGCUGCGGCAGCUAUUUGCCGCGCUGGCCGUGCCACAGGCCAAGGUCUUCAGGGUUGAGGUGCAAGCGAACAGGGAGGCGCGCGUGAGACUCUACCUGCCGCCAGGGUUCCGAGAGACCGACGAUCUGCCGCUGCCACUCGUGCUGCACGUGUCAGCGGAACCAGGAGGGCAGCUGGUGACGGAGCAAUGGAAUCCCGGGUGGGGUUGGUACCUUGCAGCCGCGCGUAAUUUCAUUGUGGCUGAAAUUGACGCGAGAGGCUCUGGUGGGCAGGGAGAGGAACUUAGGACUGAAAUAUAUCACAAGCUGUUGUCUGUAGAUGUGGAAGAUCAAAUCGCCGUUUUAUCGUACCUCCGCGACAACCUGAAGAUGGUGGACGGCAGCCGCGUGGGCGUGUGGGGGCGCGGGUACGGCGCGGGCGCGGCCGCCGCGCUGGUGGCCGACGACGCGCGCAACGUCACGCGCUGCCUCGCCGCCGUAGCACCCGUCACCGACCUGCGCCAUUACAAUUCAUUCUGGACGGAGCGAUACGCGGGCUAUGGCGCGCACUGGGCGGGGGCGCUGGGAGCCAGCGCGGUGUGGCGUAAAGCAGGCAACCUUCCUCCCCGCCGGCUGUUGCUGGCUCAUGCUACAGCUGAUCUCGCCGCGCCGCAGGACCACGCACUGGCGCUCGCUCGGGCGCUGAUACGAGCCGGAGCGGUUUAUACACACCAGAUCUACCCCGACGAAGGCCACAACUUCGAGCGCUCCACCAUCCACCUGCACAAGGCCAUGGAACAGUUCUUCGACGAGUGCUUCGGGCCCGUGGAGGUCGCCGACUGGGACGUCGGCGGGGUGGGGGGGCUGUUCCCCUUCCGUGACUAGUGCGAGGAGGGGGGGUUCUUAUCUUGCUAGAGCUGAGCUUGCUUCCUCUCAUACAACUGUGAUGCUGAGCUCUCUCUUGUAACUAGUGCUGUCUUUAGAGGAUUAUCCUCUCUUGCCACUAGUCUGGUGCUGAAGGACCCUCCCUGUUUCGAAUAUAGUGGGCAUCGAUGACUUUAACACUAACGCUUCUAGAGAAUUUUAUUUUUUGCGACUAGUGUGGUAUCAAGUUCCUCCUAAAACAACUAGUGAUACUGGAACAGAAUUAUUCCUGGUGUCGUAAACGUUCAUAAUCUUUGACUUUACAA